AGAAAACGAAAAUUUUUGAUUUUAUCGCAAAUAAUUCGAAUUCAUUUUCAGCCGAAAGCUUUGUACGAUCUUUGAUGUCAGAAGUGAUCAUAACCUCUUGAGUGGGUGAAGUCUCAUUAUUUCCAUUUAAUUUUUUGGAUCAUAUAUCUGUCAUGGUAGAAAAUACUAAUGUUUCAUUUUUUUAGAGCUAAUUUUUGAAAGGAAAGUAUGUGAAUUUAUAUUCUUAGGACUAGAUGCAUUUUUUGUCCAGGAAUAGAAAUUGACGAAAAUGAAUACAUUCGUCAGCUACCAUCCUAGCAUAAUUUGGAUUUGUUAUUCGAAGUUUUCCAGUGCCUCUAGAUUAGAACCAAAAGCAUUUGAUAGGGAAUAAAAUCAUCCUUCUUCGAAUUUCCAUCAGGAUUCUUGUUUUUCUUCGACGCGAAUUCUUCUCCAAAAAAGACGAGGUUGAAAUCCAUGUUCAAGAACUAUCUUCCACCUCGUAUAUACAUCGAUUGGUAUCCUCAUCUACUUGGAUUGUCAUUUCCAUAUUUUCAUUAACGACAACCACAACGAUCUGGUCACUACUAUCUCACCAUUUGUUGUCCCUAACUACAAACUCGCUAUUUCAAAAUGGCACGCCAUCAUCCUGAUUUGGUUAUGUGUCGUAAGCAGCCUGGUGUUGCUAUCGGCAAGCUAUGCGAGAAAUGCGAUCAACGCUGCCCUAUCUGCGACUCGUACGUGCGUGCACAAGUUUUGGUGCGAAUCUGCGACGAAUGCAACUACGGUAGCUAUCAAGGACGAUGCGUCAUCUGCGGUGGUACUUACUUAUUAUGUAUCUGCGGUGAAUAAAGAAAUGAAGAACUCUCGUCCUACCAGCAUGCAGUUGAUGUUCUCAUGUAGCAAAUCUACUUAUACCUUUAUUUCAAAGACCACUAAUUUUUCCUCGUUUCCUCGCUCCAGGUCCCGGUAUCUCAGAUGCCUACUAUUGUAAGGAGUGUGUGCAGCAGGAGAAGGAUAGAGAUGGUUGUCCGAAGAUCGUAAACCUUGGUCAAGCGAAGACAGAUCUCUUCUAUGAGCGCAAGAAGUACGGUUUCAAGCGAAGAUUGUGAGCCUGUUUCUAGUUCUCUCAAGGUGGAUGUGGAGUUUCACACACAUAAAAAAGAUGGUGUUGGUGCUGACACGAAAGUCUUAUUGAUGCGAGGCGGUGCCAAAAAAUUAAAAAAUCAAUGAAGAAAUUGCGCUAGAGCAGCAGCAAGAACAACGUACCAGGUGCUUCUGGUGGGGUACCUCUGAAAUGUGCAGAUGGAGAUGUACCGAAAUCCCAUACGACGUUGUUGACGACUGCUUGCUGCUAGAAGUUUCGCUCGUUUCUGAAGAGGAUCAAGAUAUAAAUAACGAUUUUUGAUGAGAUAGGACUACAACACUAGCUGUUGCCAACGAGGAACCGCCACUGAAGCAGAACCCACCCACCCUCACCUUUACAACAUGUUUCACGUUCAUCCCUCAUACCCGAAAGCUGCUACCCCUACUACUUGACAUACGAUGAUCAUACCCAACACAAAGAAAGGAUGUAGUUCCAUGGAGAACGAAAAACAGGGAAAAAUUAAAUUGAGUGGUAUUACUGAUCUCGUCCAGUUGUGAUCAACAGUUUCAAUUCCUACUCCAGCGGC